AUGGACUGCAAGACGUUAAGAAGCGAUGAGAUCGAGGCGUUGUCUGCCAUUUAUGGGGACGAAUGGGUUGUGGAGGACGAGAGCAGCCAUGUCUUCAGUAUUACUCUGAAGUACGACAACAACUGCAACGACAGCCCAUCGCAGACCAGAUCCCACUCUCACACGGAUUGGCAGCGAAUGAUUCGUCUGGAGUUCCGUCUGCCCGACGAAUACCCCUUAAGUCAGCCGCCAUUGUAUACACUGUCGGCCCCCUGGAUGUCACGCAAGGAUAAGACACGACUGAUGGCUGAGUUGGAGGAGAUCUACUGUUCCAAUGAAUCCCAAUCCAUACUAUACUUGUGGAUAGAGAAGGCCAGAGAGUUCUUGAACAGCGAACACGAGUCCAUCGAUGGUAAUGAUAACCCAUCACAUGAUCACAACAACUGCCAAACCAGUCAUUACGACAACGAUAGCAAAGGACCCGAAGAGACCACUGACGACCACAUCGACCACAACUCAUGCGACCCGUCAUCGGAUAGUCACUCAUCGCACUGUCAGACCAUAUCAUCUCUCCAUUCCUCGGGUGGGGCAGUAGUGCCGGCCCUAUAUCACGGCGAACCCCUCACAGACAGGAGGAGUACAUUUCAGGCACACUUAUCGCCCGUUCAUUCGGUGGCCGAAGCACUGGAGGCCCUGUCGGUCCUCAAGACCAACAAGAAGAUAGAGAGCGCCACCCAUAACAUCAGUGCCUACAGAAUCUCCGGCGGACCACACAAUACAUGUCUUCAGGACUGUGAUGACGACGGCGAGAGUCACGCGGGCUCUCGACUCCUCCAUUUGCUGCAGAUUCUUGAGGUGAGGGAUGUGUUGGUAGUGGUCUCGCGUUGGUUUGGAGGCAUACAGUUAGGUCCCGACCGCUUCAAACACAUCAAUAAUGUGUCACGAGAUCUGCUCCUGAAGUGCGGGUAUAUUGAAGAGUCUUCUGAUGGCAACCAUUCGCACCAAAGCAUGAAAAACAAAAAGAAAGCCAAAUAA